UGGGUCUGCGUUUACUCCCGGUGCCUGGGGCUGUGGCUUUCCCAGCUCAGAUGAGCUGACCUUUGUGUCUUAAUGAGGUCUGAACCGGCAGGCAGGCAGCCCUAGAGGAUUUUAUCUCGUCCACACCCGUGUGCAGUUGUUCCCAGGUCUGAAAUCAAGGCUUGAAUGUCUCUUGCUGUCCUGCGAGCGUCCGGGCUGUGCUCAGGCACCCUGAAAAGUUGGGCGCUGUGGCUGGGGAUGCUUCCGCUGAGAUCACGUGGCCGGAUGACUUGGGCUCCUACCCGGAUGGCGGCGACGCUGAACCUGGAGCCCGCGGGCCGCUGCUGCUGGGACGAGCCGGUGCGCAUCGCCGUGCGCGGCCUGGCCCCCGAGCAGCCGGUCACGCUGCGCGCGUCCCUGCGCGACGAGAGGAACGCGCUCUUCCGGGCCCACGCGCGCUACCGCGCCGACGCCCGCGGCGAGCUGGACCUGGCGCGCGCGCCCGCCCUGGGCGGCAGCUUCGCGGGCGUCGAGCCCAUGGGGCUGCUCUGGGCCCUGGAGCCCGAGAAGCCCUUGCUGCGGCUGGUUAAGCGCGACGUGCAGACGCCCUUCGCCGUGGAGCUGGAGGUGCUGGACGGCCACGGGCCGGAGGCCGGUCGGCUACUGGGCCGGGCGGUGCAGGAGCGCGGCUUCCUGCGUCCCGGGGUGCGGCGGGAGCCGGUGCGCGCGGGCCGGUUGCGGGCCACGCUCUUCCUGCCGCCGGGUGAGGGGCCCUCCCCUGGGAUUAUCGAUCUGUUUGGAAGUGGUGGUGUUUGUGAAUAUCGGGCCAGUCUCCUGGCUGGACACGGUUUUGCUGUGCUUGCUCUGGCUUAUUUCAGAUUUGAAGACCUCCCUGAAUAUUUGAGUGACACACACCUGGAGUACUUUGAAGAAGCUGUGGACUUUAUGCUGCAGCAUCCAAAGGUGAAGGGCCCUAGUGUUGGGCUUCUUGGUUUCUCCAAAGGAGGUGACCUGUGUCUCUCAAUGGCUUCCUUCUUGAAGGGCAUCACAGCCACUGUACUUAUCAAUGCCUGUGUGGCUAACACAGUAGCUCCUCUGUAUUACAAGGAUAUGAUGAUUCCUAAUCUUGGCAAUGACCUAGGAAAACUAAAAAUCACUGAGUCAGGAUAUUUCACAUUUUUGAAUGUUUAGAACAAUCCACUGGAGGAACCUGAUCAACUAAGUCUUAUUCCAUUGGAAAAGGCCCAGGGUCCCUUCCUAUUUAUCGUUGGCACAGAUGAUCAUAACUGGAAGAGUGAACUCUAUGCUCAUAUAGCCUCUGAAAGAUUACAAGCCCAUGGGAAAGACAGACCCCAGAUAAUCUGCUACCCAGAAACGGGUCAUUGUAUCGACCCACCUUAUUUUCCUCCUUCUUUAGCCUCUGUGCACUCAGUGCUCAACAAACCAGUAUACUGUGGAGGUGAGCCAAGAGCUCACUCAAGGGCACAGGUGGAUGCCUGGCAACAAAUUCAAGCUUUCUUCCAUAAACAUCUCAAUGGUAAAAAAUCUGUCAAGCACAGCAAAAUAUAACAUUGUAGCUACAGACCACAGAUCCCAUUAAUAAAAAUCCUAUUCAUACAA